AUGGCACAGAGCCCUCACUUGAAAUCUGCUAUAGAACAGCAAAAACUCAAGUUUCUUGCUCAUAAAGCAGAACCAAAGAAAGAGUCAGAAGGAGGAUUAGUUACAAGUUCGAGAGAACAGAAAAAGACAAAUUCAGACCCUGAUGUACCUGGGCAUAGCAGAGGUGAUAAGAAAAUGAAUGUUAACCCCAUGGAUCAAACCUCAGUUGGAGCAAGCAUGCAAGAGCUUAAACAAAUGCACCAAGUCACAGCAAAGCAAGAACUUCCUAUUUCAAGAGAAAAAUCUCCAGAAGCUAGUACUAGUGAAGGCCCUAAGAAAGUCUUACCAUCAAGGGCUAGUUUAGGGCCCAAAUUUGUUAGAAUGUGUGAAUUACACAAAUUACUAUUCUAUAUUGUUUAUGGCUACUGUGGUCAUGAAGAUCUGGAUCAGGAGAAAGCAUGGACAGCUAUUUCAAAGUCUUCACCUGAAGCCCAACUACAUGAUGAAGACCUGUCGAGUUAUCCAACAAUAUUUAGUCCAGAAAUUUCAUGGAAGUAAGAACUUUACCGUUUU